AUGACCGAGAUCACCGAGAGAGACCCGUUGCUUAUUCGUGGACUUAUCCUCGAAGAAUUCGGAAGAGUACAGACACAAAUGGCAACAAACCCGAAACUUUGGAGAUCAGUGACAUCUAGAGUUCACAAAAGGUUAUCUGAAGUUAUGGGAGAGGACUACGUGGACUAUCCAGAAUUCGAAUUCUGGUUUGCAAGAUUUCUUCAAGGAAAUUUUGAUUGGGGUUAUGACAGAAGUUCUGAUCCGAAACCCCAAUCGUUAGCCGAUUUACCGUUGGGCAUUUUUGAAAACGUUGGCGAAUACUUAGAUAUAGUAGACAGAUUGCGACUCAGUGAUGUGUGCAAGGAUUUUCGAGCUCAAGUCGAUAACUGGGAUCUGAAAGUGGACGAGAUUUACUACAGCAAUGGGAAUGAUUGGAGAGUCUGGCAGACAUCGAGACCUGAACCUUACUGUGCGGCCGACUUUGGACAAAAUGAAAAUGACAGAUCCAGUUCUGGUUUCUACCGGAAUCCUAUUUCUUUCGUGAUGAAUAUUCUGAAACAUCCGAAACUCCGAUUGGAAAAAUUGACAAUAAAAAGAGAAGACAAAUAUUGGAACGCAUUGAUUAAACGACUGGACGAAACAAAUCGGAAACUUCAUGUGAAGAACGUCGAAUUUCGAUGCCGCUAUUCAUCAGAAAUUGAUUUGCAUUUUAUGGUUCCCGGAGUUCUUGAAGAGAUCAAAAUGUUCCUCUGGAAUCCAACACGCGAAGAAUUCUAUGAAAUUAUUGAAUCGGAGCAAUGCCAAGUAGCUAAAAUGGUGUAUAUUGUUAGUCCAACACCCACUUCAGAAUUUCCAUUGGAAGCUCUUUACAACUGUCCUCGAUUCACUUUGCGACUCAGAGGAACACCUGCAGACGAUUUGAAAUCGAAAUUUCUCAAGACACUCAUGGAAUAUGGCAAAGUACAAAAAUGCGUUCUCUACAUUUCCAAAUAUCCUUACGCUGAAAAUCAUAGCCAAAUCAUGAAUUAUUUCAAUGAACCAGAAGCUAUGGUUCCACACUUCCCGUCGCUUCGUCGUUAUCCGAUUCCGGAAACAAACGAAUUCUACGAACUCGAAUAUCGAGAGGAAGGCAAUCUAUUAUGGGAUCAGCCCGUUCGCCUUGAAAGAAAACAAUAA